AUGUUCCCGUUGACGAGGUUUUCGUGCAUUAAAAAAGCACCUGGUUACUAUGCUGAUGUUGACACAGGAUGUCAGGUAUACCACAUGUGCGACGGAAUGGGAAGACAGUUCAGCUACAAGUGUCCCAAUAUGACACUGUUCCAACAACGCAUGCUCAUCUGCGAUCACUGGUACAUGGUCAACUGUUCAAUGUCCGAGAGGGAUUAUGACGCUAAUCUCCUCAUUGGUCAACGCGACAAGCCGUUCGUGUCGGACGAUGAGAUGCGCCUUCGCACUCCUCGACCGGACAUAUUGUCUAUGCCACCUUACAACCCGUACUUCGACGAACUCAAGACUGAUACUAAGGUUGAUGAAGUAGAAGAUAACGACCUGGAUACAAAGCAAAGUCAGAACCUUUUCGGAGCCAAUCGUCGCCAUGAUACAAAUGUAGGCAAAAAUAAUAAUAACAUCGAUCAAGCUGAAGAAACCAAACGACAAUUCAAUUCACCACGUGACCAUAAACCCCUCAAGAAUCAUUCAAAAAUAAAUCGACCAUCAGUAGAUUUAUUGCCGCCUUACUCUCCAGUGACUGCAAGCUCAAGCGAAGAAGAUUACGAUGAAACCACUCCACACGCUGAACCGCCCGUUUUUAAGUUCCUCAAACGUUUCGAUCCAACUUCUGAUGAAGAUUCCAAAACUGCGAUAUCAAAAUCAGAGAUUAUAGAAUUAAAUUCGGAGCUGCCUGAUGAACAAGUAAGCGACGAAGAUGAUAGAAAUAUCAGAAAAACUAAAAACAUCGACAACAGCAAACUAAACACUUUUAAAAAUGACAAGACGUUCUCGGACGGUUCUAGAUAUCAUUCUGUUAAUACCAAAUCUAAACCUGCUUCUGAAAAUACAUUUAAAACUUUUCAAAAGAAGACAGGUAUAGAAGAACCUGAAAAAAUCCUUCUGCCACCAAAAACCAAGUCUGAACCGAUUGCUUUAACAACGUUAGGACCGCCAAUUUAUUAUGAAUGGAGAUGGGCCGUACCAGCUUUUGACUUAGUUCCUCCCAAAGAAGAUAACGAAACCAGCUCUGCCAAUUUACACCAACCAAGAGCGGUUGGGCAAUUUGAGGGCACAAACCCAUUUAGCGCAGUAACAAGACCAGAGCCAAUAACUACAACUCCUGAACCAAGUCAUGUAGAAUAUAACAUUAGUUCUUAUUUUGUGCCUGACUACGUUUUUCCCUUGGACAAAGAACAUCCUGGAUACGAGAGUGAUAAUGCUCAAACAUCGUUCCAAGUGAAAGUAGCUAGGCCAGGGAGGGCAAGCUACGGGGAGAAUCCAAAAUGUCCCCAAUGCCACCCAGCUUAUCUGAUACCUGGUACCUGCGAACCUUGCAUCGUAGAACGGUAA